AUUCACGCCGCAUUAACGGAACGCUAAAGGCAAAAGGCCGUCACACAGACAUAAACCUCACUUGUCUGUUUUUUGGGCGGUGCUUUUCAGUCAAACCCUCGUUGACCCAUCUCUCUCCCCUAAAAUAAAGUAUUUUUCUUUAUAAAUUUAUCUAACAUCACUUCUAGUUUUCAUUACCAAUGGCUCCUCCAAAACAAUCGAACGCAAGUAACACCGCCAUAGGUGAAGGUAGCGGCAGAGGAUGCAAAACAAUGACGAAAGAAGUGCGUUUUAGGGGCGUGAGGAAGCGGCCGUGGGGGAGAUAUGCGGCGGAGAUCCGUGACCCGGGAAAGAAAACACGGGUUUGGCUCGGGACAUUUGAUACGGCCGAGGAAGCCGCUAGAGCUUACGACGCCGCAGCUAGAGAGUUUCGCGGCUCCAAAGCAAAAACUAAUUUCCCUCGUCCCGGUGAGUCUCCGGCGAGCGACGGGAACGGUUCUUUCAACAAUCUUUCGUCGGAGAUGACGACGACGUGUGAUAUGACUCGGCGGAUAGAGAUGGUGGGGAGUUUCCCGUUUGCAUGUCACCGGCAGAAUAUUGUCUCCAGCGGAUUACCACCGAAUGUUACCGGUUUUUUCUUAGAUCCGUCAAGGGCUGCUGCAUUAAGGGUUGAGCUUUCUCAAGUCUAUCCGGUUCAGUUUGAUCCGGUUAAUAUCGAACUGAGUAUUGGUAUUCCAAGGACCGUACAGAUCAAACCGAGAACUGAACUAAACUUGGAUCUUAACCUAGCUCCACCUUUGGACGUUUAGAUUUGUUUUUCUUUUUCUUAUUUUGUUUUUUCUUUGUUGCAGGAAAAAAGAAACGUUCGAAAUUUUCUUCGGAUCUUUUUUAAUUGUUAGAGAUUAAUUUUUCUUAGAAAGUUGUAGUUCCUCUGUGAUCUUAGUUUCUCUAUGCUUCCUUCUAAUUAUAUGUUGACCUAAAUUAUAAUCAGAUUGUUAUCUAUUUCUCCCUUUGA